AACGAACAUAGUMUUUCGAACUACUGCAGUAUAAACGAACAAGCUCUGUUGGAAAACARGGACAAAUUUCGCGACAGAAUUGUCAUGAAAUCGAAUCGUGAUGCCAAGGCGUCGAAUCGUSGGCACGUGCCUCACGGAAAACCUCUGGCAAGAAGGGUGACCUUUACAGUCAAGCUCUCGAUGGCCAUGUGCAUCGUCUACGUUGUCUGGCUGGGAACCCUUUCUWCGCUUCAMAACUACGGCUACCACAAUUUGCAUUCUUUCCGGAAAUCCUUUGGGUUCCAGCAAUCCGCGCUUCAGGAAUUUCGCAAAACCAAGCGUCCCAUUGCUGAGGUCCAUGUCGUGUCGCUGUUGGAAUCGAAGUUCGAGGUCUUUCGGCACCGUAAUUUCGAUCUGGCAAACGGGGGCAACGAAGUUGACGACGACGACGACGAUGGYUACAAUAACGACAUUCCUACAGAGCAACGGAGACCAAAGGUGUCUGUCCGGUGGUUUGAGGCCCUCGACGGAAUGGACGAGCGCGUUCUCGAUGAAUGGCACCAGCGAACCCAGUUGUACCGCUUGAACGCCACAGAGUUUGCUGGACCCGAYGCCGCGGGCCGCAAGCACGAAUACGCCAGUCCCCACGCGGUUGGGUGCUAUCUAAGCCACUGGAAACUCCUAGAACGCGCCUGGAAUUCUUGGGUGGGAAACAAAAARUACCAACGCAGAAACAGCAAGGACAGGUACAGCAACGACGGCGAGGCCACCGGAGGAACGGAGACUUUGUCGGACGGAAAAAGGCGGCGGYUCCGCCUCCGCCCAGAUAUGCUCUUUGUCUUUGAAGACGACGCCCACUGCGUCUCGAACCUGAUCGAGCGAACGUGGGGUGUCGUGCAGCAGCUACCUAAGGACUGGGAUAUUUUGUACAUCGGCGGAAAACCAUUCUCCUACCAUACCAUGGGGAAAUCACUUUCGGAUUAUGUUGCCGCAAACGAGGCUCCCAAUAACGCUACGAAUGGAAUUGCCGAUAAGAAGCGGCCAUCGGAUCGAGAACUAUUKCAAAGAAAGUGCAAUGGAGAAUUUGGUACGAGUUUGUCGGGUCCGUUCCCUUCCGAAGGGGCGCAAUGGAGAAACGCAGGUAAAUUCACAACCAAUGAUUCGCUUCCUCCGUACUAUCAAACCAAAACGACSCUGAAUACCAAUGCCUACGUGGUCAAUCCGAAACGGAUCCGUCGUGUCCUCCGGGUUUUGUCUCAACCCAUGUACGAAUACCUUCCCAUCGAUGUGGUGCUAGCGAAAGAUAUGUUCCGCGAGUUUUACGAUCCGGUGGGAACCAACAGCAGCAGCAACAGCGCCCCCCUCAAGGCCUUCUUGACUCCCUCCAUGUAUUGUGACCAGAAUUCGAAACGCCUCAUCGUCGAUCGGGACAAGCCACCUCCCUGGGAAGGCUACUACUGGUUGCCCUGGCGAAAAAAAAUGAAGGGAUUUCCGGACGYAUCGGCCUUUGUAUGGGGAACCAUAGCGGGUCUUCCGAAUAUGUGUUCCUCGCUUGCGUCCAAGCAAUAACGCAGGAAGCACAGCUGCAACGGGCAAAGCGAGCGAGCGAGCAAACGAAAGACGAAGACAGCGCUUUUUGGUUUGGCCACGAUACGAACGGGCACAAGUACGCACCGAUAAGCAAACUAAAAUUGUGUCUGAUUU